AUGGCUUUAUCAAAGACGGCACAAUUUAUCCAGAGCCGCGUCGAGGUCAAGUGGUGGACGACGCAUUCCGUUAUAUACGUUAACAGGGAUGAACCAAACGUGGUUGUAAAGGCGGAGUCCAUAUGGAUCGACGGGGUGCCGUACGGCAAGGCAGCCCUGGCGAUGGACACGAGCAACCUCCUCCGUCGUGAGCAUGCGAUUUACCAAGCCCUUGGCGACGACAACCCGUAUAUCACGAGAUGCCUGGGCCUCGUCGAAGAUGACAAGGGCGAUGCCAUCGCCCUACGGCUUGAGCUUGCUCCCAAGGAUAAUCUUCGACACUUCAUUCGAGAUUCCCCGGAAGGCCCGCCAAUGCGCCGACGCUUGGAGAUGGCGGCUGCCUUUGCCGACUGCGUUGUCUACCUCCACUCUCGUAAAGUGAUCUGGGGUGAUCUCUCGACUCGAAACACCCUCGUUUUUGAAGACAACAGCUUCAAGAUCUGUGAUUUUGCCGACUCAGCCCUCGGGGAUACGUAUCCCAAGUUCGGGAACCAUACCUACGAAGCGCGUUAUUGUCCGGCUAUGCCUUAUGAAGAAGUGGAGAAGUUGAGCAUGCUGCAACGAGAGUUGUUUGCCCUCGGAUCGGCUGUUUAUGAGAUCACCGAGUGGAAAGCGCCAUACUCGCAUGUCGAAGAAGAAGAAAUUGAUGACUUUGUUGAACAAGGCAACAAGCCCGAGAUAGCCGAGGAUAAUGUUGCGCGAGACAUCAUCAGGCGAUGCUGGGAUUUCGGGUAUGACUCAGCCCAGGAUGUCUCCAUGGACUUAGCUGCUCUUUGUUCCACGGUCUCGGAGGAAUAG